GAACACAUAGCAGCAGUCACCUGUACAACUGCUUGGAUUUGGGUCGCACAAAUCCUAACUCUAUCGCCAUACUUCGUGACUUCUGCAAUAUUACUACAUAUCAGGAAAAUGGAUUUGGAAAAUGGGCGUAGCCGAGAUGCCCAUAUAGACGAUUCGCCUGUUACAGCUGGACAAUCCGUUGACACCGGUUUUGAAGACGUGUCACUUCCAAAAGAAUCCAGAAAAAAUAAUUUUGAAGAUUUACCCGACAGCUUGCGUCUCCAAGAUGUCACCACAGAAUCGAACAAAUCAUUGCCAUACCAAUCAAUUUACUGUACGCCUAGGGAAAGCAACGUAAAACCCAACAUUGUUGUUCUACCAGUUAACAAUAUUAGGCUGAAAAUUGUCAGCUACGAAAGGAGCACAUCUACUUUGAUAAGAGCUAAUCCAAACCUCUAUUUGAUUGAAGUUAACAAUGCCAGUUCGAAGUGGAUCCUACGCCGUCGGUUUAAAGAAUUUCAACAUCUUCACAAUCAGCUCCAGCUGUUGCGAACAUCAAUGAACAUUCCCUUUCCUUCACGAAUGCACCGCGAACAACGGGCUAGCUUCAGAGUUGAGCUUCGCAAAUCAAAAACUGUUCGGCAUUCCCUUCCUCGAUUCCCCCUUCGUCCCGAGGCAUUAGUGCCGCUUGACCAAAUGGAACAACGAAUGAACCAAUUAGAAAACUAUAUGAACGCUGUUCUUGAUAACGGCAUUUACCGCAACCACAGCGAGACGCUGAGCUUUCUGGAGGUAAGCCGAAUGUCGUUCAUCGAUCAACUUGGCGAGAAAAGGAAAGAAGGGUGGAUAAAGAAACAAAACGGUUCUAAUUCAUCGACCAUAUGUAAAGUACGCUGCCGAGAAGAGGAUGGAGAAUACAUUUGCUGUUGCUGUUUAAUGUGUGGCCAUAGAAUGGGAAUGCCAGGAAUCUGGAGGCGAAAAUGGAUUUUCGUAAAAGACUCUUUUUUCGGUUACUUGAGACCGGAUACCAGCGAAAUUGGAGGUAUUCUUCUUAUGGAUCAAGACUUUAAAAUAACGUCAGGGAUAGCAGAAACUGGAUUAAAACAUGGAUUAGUUGUGUCCAACUCAAGUCGGAGACUCGUUUUAAAAAGCUGGACGAAGCGGGAAGUAAAAGAAUGGGCCGACUCUAUCCAGGACGUCAUGAAAUCCACAGGUCGCGAUUUUCUUCAGUUGGAAGGCCCCAACCGCUUUGGAAGUUUUGUGCCGAUCAGAAAAAAAGCAAAAUGUUGGUGGUUCGUUGAUGGCGCAGGAUACAUGUCAGCCGUCGCAAAUGCUUUGGAGAGUGCGAAAGAAGACAUUAUGAUUGCUGACUGGUGGUUAAGUCCUGAAAUAUACAUGAAAAGGCCAGCAGUAGAUGGUAACAAAUGGCGACUUGAUACAAUUCUUCGCCGAAAAGCGGAAGAAGGUGUCCGUGUUUUUGUUUUACUUUACAAAGAAGUUGAAAUGGCUCUUGGGAUCAACAGCUUUUAUUCAAAGAAAGCUUUAUCCGCCAUGCACCCCAACAUUAAGGUUCUUCGCCAUCCAGAUCACAUUGCAGGAACUGGAACUUUGUUAUGGGCUCACCACGAAAAACUAGUUAUCGUCGACCAAACUCUUGCCUUUGUUAGCGGGAUUGAUCUAUGUUAUGGAAGAUGGGAUGACCAACAGCACAGGUUGACAGACUUGGGAAGCGUAGGAACUUCUGGACGUUCCAUGGGAAUUUCUAAUGUUACAUCAAGUCACAACGUCGGACAACAAAAGCCCGGCGUACUUUUCCACUUAGCGAAAUCUGCCAAUGACGUCACAUUAGGAACGGUUAUAAGUAGUGCCACGAAUGGAAAGAAAGAAACCAAAACUAAAAGAAAAAGCUCUUCCGAAAAAUCAGAGCAGAGUACCAGCCACUAUUUAAAGAUGAAACAUUUCACGUUUCGUCGCAAAACAAAGCUUGACAGUAUUGAUGAAGAAACAAAAGAUGGGGAAACCACUGAAGGAUGCACUGGAAUGAAUAUCCCAUAUGCUUCUGGCACUGUUGCGCACAGUUCAAUUACUGAUGCGCUUGAUGGAUCUACGAAACUCUGGAUUGGCAAAGAUUAUACAAAUUUCAUUGUGAAAGAUUUUGACAAGCUUGACCAACCAUUGAAAGAUUCUGUUGAUCGAACUACAACACCAAGAAUGCCAUGGCACGAUAUUGGGUGUGCUGUUGUAGGGGAAGCUGCUCGAGAUGUUGCUCGUCAUUUCAUUCAACGGUGGAAUGCCACUAAGGCCGAAAAAGUUCAUAAAAACAGCAACUUCCCAUAUUUAGUGCCGAAAUCCUACAGCGAAUUCGAUCCUUAUUUGAGCAUCCAGAACACUCCAGCUUCUUCAGUUGAUUGCCAGGUGCUUCGUAGCAGUACUACGUGGAGCGUGGGAUCCCGAAUUACAGAGGAUUCAAUUCUCUCAGCCUACAUUCAUGCGAUUCAGAAUGCUGAACAUUUCAUAUACAUAGAAAACCAGUUCUUCAUCACGGCCUGUAAUUCUGGAGAAGUGAAUAACCGCAUAGGGAGAGCUCUCUACGACCGAAUUAUUUUGGCUUCUGAGAGGAAAUCUCGAUUUCGUGUUAUAGUUGUUCUUCCCCUUCUUCCAGGCUUUGAAGGUCAAAUUGGAACAAGUUCAGGAAGAGCCAUGCAGGCAAUAAUGCAUUGGAACUAUGCCUCGAUUUGCAGGGGUAAUAAUUCUUUACUUGUAAAGUUACGAGCAGCAAACUUAGAUCCUUUGGCGUACAUAUCCUUCUAUGGUCUUAGAACUCAUUCACAGCUAAAUAAGCACUUGGUGACCGAAUUGAUAUACGUUCAUUCUAAAUUAAUGAUUGUUGAUGACAAGAAAGUUAUUUGUGGUUCAGCCAAUAUUAAUGAUCGCAGUUUACUAGGAAAACGAGAUUCUGAGAUGGCAUUGCUGAUAGAGGACAAUGCGUUUGUUGAAUCGGUUAUGGAUGGAAAACCUUAUCGGGCUGGUCGAUUUGCACUAUCACUUCGAAAAAACCUUUUUCGAGAGCACCUAGGUUUAUUGAAUCCAGAAUGUGAUUCUGACAUAGUUGUUGAUGAUCCAGUCUGCGAUUCAUUUUACAAAGAUGCUUGGAUCCAAACAGCUGCGCUUAACACAAAAAUAUACGGCGAAGUGUUCCAUUGCAUACCAUGUGACGAAGUAACUUCUUUCGAAGAAUUGCGGGAAUAUCAAUCUGUUUUGCCGUUGUCAUUAACCGAGCCAUCCAUAGCUCAGCAAAAACUUCAAAAAAUUAAAGGGCAUUUAGUGAUGCUGCCACUUAGUUUUAUGAGCCAAGAAGAUUUAAGCCCUGCUGCCGGUACAGCAGAAGCCAUCUUGCCUACAUCCUUGUGGACUUAACAAAAAAAAAUUAUUUUCAAUUUAAUAGGAUAGUACAGUCGUAAGUAUAUUAUAUGGGCAUGUAUAUGUAAACUUAGUCACAAAAAAAUUGAAUUGAAUUAAAGUUGAACGACAAA